GCAACCACCGGUGGAACACCCUUACUUGAAACAGAAAUAACAAUGCAGAAGACAACGAGAGCAUACCUGCCCAGCGCGGCCGCCACAGCCUGCCUAUCACUCCUGCUUAUCAUCUGCCUUACUGAAGGAGCUUCAGAGCAAAGAAUUAUCAGUAGAGGUAGCAAGUCUUCAAAUCUGUUCCAAAAAGUCAACGGAUGGAGAAGCCAGCGCGGAGGGUCCUGCUUGAGCUACGGACAUUCAUGUUGGGGAGCUCACGGCAAGCGAUCUGGAAAGCCAGCAGUGACAGCCCCAGCAACACCCCCAGAUUGGUACAUCACGAAAAUGCUUCGGCAAAUUGCUGCAACUAAUGAUAUGAACCACGACCAAAACUCCGAAAUUAAAAAAGAAGAUUCAACUGACAUCUAUCGAGUGUUUUUUGAAAAUAAUGCACCGAAUGCCCACCGCCUCGAAAGGGAUAGCGAAGAAGCACCACUUGAUUUUGCAUCAAAGUUACCGGAAGCCAAACCAAUGUUGGAUGACGAUUUACUAUCGAAGCUAAAACUAUGGCACUUAAUGCGAGUGGCUUCAGAAGAAAAUUAAACAAAACGACUGACACGCCCUUACACAUUUUAUUUAAUACUCUAGUAUUAACUUCGAUAACUGUCAAUUGUAAGGCUGGGUUGCAAUUGACUUUUUGAAUUAUAUAUGGCCUAAGUCAGUGUGCCACUCAUAAAUGAACGUGCAAAUUGUACCUGUCUAUGACAAAUUUCAAAGUAGGUGUAAAGUAGGUCGUUUUUAUGUGGAUGCGGCAGAUUCUUACAAACAAUAUCUGUAUUUAAAUUUAUGAAUAACAUAAAUGUUAGUAUAGCAUUGCUAUCAGCUGCAAGUCAAACAUUUUUUAUUGGCAAAUCAAAUAAACUACAGAAUAGUUUUGAACUAAUUAGACUUUUAUGUUAUUAAAUUAUGAUGACAUUGACAGCUGGUAUCAGCACAAUUGCUCCGACAUAUUCACGAAAAACGUUCACUUUCAAACGGAACUAGAUAGGGUAGAGUUUUCCAAUCUUUUUUGCUACCCACCAAAAUUCUAAUGAAUGCAACAAUUAGAAUUUUUAUGAUUAAAAAAUGUAAUUGUUUACUACGGAACUUGAUGUAUUUUAGGAAGAAAUUAAUAUGAAAUUCUUAACGAAAGUA